UCCUGCUCCAUCACUUGACUCCAGACUGGUUGAGCGAGUGAAGAAAUCAUGAAUCAUCACUCAGGAUUAUAACCCAAUAUAGACCAUACCAGACCGUGGUGGCUUAUCAUAUACAAUCUUCACACCUCUUCAAAGUCACACCAUUUGUGUCUAGUAUCUAGUGCAUAUAUAUACCGGUCUUUUUUUUAUUACAAUUGUGUGCACUUAUUAGUCCUUCAACAGUCCGUGGGAUCGCCCUGCUCACCGCGCCUAGCUGGUGUCCAACUGGACUACAAACUUCACUUGUGUGGAAAAGAUGGCUGACAACGGAGUGCACACCACCGAGGAGGACCCUGCCGCCGCUUUCCUGGCUCAGCAGGAGAACGAAAUCGCGGUGAUCGAGAAUGACGACGAUGGGUUCGGAGCCCUGGAAGGAACCGACGGCGAGCAGCCUCCCCAGGAGCCCCUCUACGACGGUUUUGGAGAGGAACCUGCCAUAGUCAACGGGGAUAUGUUCCCGGAGUCCAAUGGCCCAACUGACAGCUAUGCAGCCAUCGCUCAGGUCGAUCAGCUGAGGCAGGAGCCGGAAAGCCUACGCAAGUGGAGGGAGGAACAGAAGGACCGCCUCGAAGAGCUCGACUCAGCCUCCAAGACGGCUGAGGCGGAGUGGAAGGAGAAGGCCAAGAAGGAGCUGGAGGAGUGGCACGUGCACCAGAAUGAGCAGAUGGAGAAGAACAAGGCGAACAACAGGAUUGCCGACAAGGCUUUCUACAAACAGCCCAACGCUGAUGUUAUAGGCUUUGUAGCCUCAGAGGAGGCUCUGAUGGCGGAGAGUGACGGAGGAGACACCGGAGCCCUAGGGACCGAGUGGGAGCGGGUGGCCCGCCUCUGUGACUUCAACCCCAAGACCAACAAGCAGGCGAAGGACGUGUCUCGAAUGCGCUCGGUCCUCAUCUCCCUCAAACAGACGCCACUCGUUCGCUAGUGCACUUAUUUCAUCCAUUUAACAAUGCCUUUUUUUGAUUUUCGCUUUUUUUUAUUGAGUUAGCAUCACACAAAUGUAUAUCCUGCAUAACUUUUGAGGCGUUUUCCUGAUAUUUAUAACAUUUUGAAAAGCAGACCGGUAUGUUACAAAAUGGUUGAUGAAUGACACCUCGCUGGAAUGGGAGAGAAGAUAGAAGUCUGUUCAAUUUGGGUGGUCAUCCUUUAGCUUACCAUAGCUAUACUGAAGUAAAUAUUGUUACUGUAUAAAGUUCUCCUUUUACUUUGCCCUUGCAUUUAACAAAGUUACUAUGUUAAUUGACCGCAUGCUUUUGCCAAUUUUGAUGUGCCGUGGUUCUUUUUUUUAUAAAUUAGCAUUUUAGGUCAAUUAAUUUGUAUUGAGGUUAAGUCAACCAAACAGGAAAUAGAUUGUAACCAGUUCUGCCUGUUGGGAAAGAAAAACAUAACAUGCUGUUAUAAUUUGCUGUCUGGAUUCCCGAAUUACGUUUCAAAUCUCGAGAAAUGUAAACGAUCCAAGCAUGUGGCCUUUUUAAUUCUGACCUGCUACUGUUACCGUUUUUGUUUUGAGUCAAAAACAUGUUAAUAUUUGAUUAGAAAUGCAGCAAGGGUUUUCACAACAUGUACACAAUUUUCAACAACUUCAACAAUAAUUUGCAUUCUUAAAGGGGUUUUCAUUGGAUUCAACCAGCUUAAUUGAAAAUGUUUUGUCCAACACUAAGUUAAAAUGUAAUUUUAAGAGCAAUGUAAAUGUUUAUUUCAGUAGAAGAGCCUAUGUAGUCAUGUUGCCUAUAUGGCCAUUAUGAUUACUGAGGGGGAAAAACUAUUUUAAGCGAACUGGAAAGAAUAAAAAUGACGGAAUCACA